AGCAAAACUCUCCCGCCGAGCGGGACCUCCGUUGCCCCCAACCCCACAGGGCAGGGACAGCAGACAGCCCCCCGCCUUCCAGGUGACUAGACAGCCUCUCUUUCCUCAGCAGAGUGAGGGGCAUCUCUCGCUCGCCGACGUGGAGGUGGGGGGCAGGGACCUCCCCCCGCCAUCACCUCAGGAGCGAGUCGGGCCCUUCUCCCAACAGGGCGAGGGCCUCUCAACCCCUCAACGGGGCAGACCGCGAGCGCUGCCCCAUGAAGAAUCAACAGGCGCCCCCAUCCCCCUCCCACUCAAGGAACGCCGACCCCCUCGCCCCUCCCGCUCUUCACCUCCGGAAGCCGGGCCAAAGCCUGGGUGGACGACUGCGCCUCACUCCGCCCCCUGCGCCAUUUUAUUGCCCCCCCCCCGACCUCCCCCACCCGGAGUCUGCCGGGCCAAAGCCAGGGGGAGGGCAAACAAGCAGUGAUUGGCAGGAAACCGUCCUGCCUCUAAGAGGGUUGCGCCCGCGCAGGCGCCGCAACCCCGCCCUCUGCACUGCCUAUCCUGCCUGCUGGCUCCACCCCUUUCCGUCUCAUCGACCCGCUCGACUCUUCGCUGCUCUUGACUCUUUUCCGGCUACUGCGGGACUGAGAGGGGUCCAGGCCGAGGAAGCCGAACGACGAGCUCAGCUGAUGCAACCUGGCUGGACUCGCGUUGACUGUUCCUGGCACGCGGCUGUGGCAACUGAGGAAGAGUCGCGGGUACCAGGCUGAGCGCGGGAAGGAGGGGUGGCGGAGCCAUGGGGGACGCUCCCAGCCCUGAAGAGAAGCUGCACCUUAUCACUCGGAACCUGCAGGAGGUUCUGGGGGAAGAGAAGCUGAAGGAGAUACUGAAGGAGCGGGAACUUAAAGUUUACUGGGGAACAGCAACCACAGGCAAGCCACAUGUGGCUUACUUCGUGCCCAUGUCUAAGAUUGCAGACUUCCUGAAGGCAGGAUGUGAGGUAACAAUUCUGUUUGCGGACCUUCAUGCGUACUUGGAUAACAUGAAAGCCCCAUGGGACCUUCUAGAACUCCGAACCAGUUACUAUGAGAAUGUGAUCAAGGCAAUGCUAGAGAGCAUUGGCGUGCCCUUGGAGAAGCUCAAGUUCAUCAAAGGCACUGAUUACCAGCUCAGCAAAGAGUACACACUAGAUGUGUACAAACUCUCCUCUGUGGUCACACAACAUGAUGCCAAGAAAGCUGGAGCUGAGGUUGUAAAGCAGGUGGAGCACCCUUUGCUGAGUGGUCUGUUAUACCCUGGACUACAGGCUUUGGAUGAAGAAUAUUUAAAAGUAGAUGCCCAAUUUGGAGGCAUUGAUCAGAGAAAGAUUUUCACCUUUGCAGAGAAGUACCUCCCUGCACUUGGCUACUCAAAACGGGUUCAUCUGAUGAAUCCUAUGGUCCCAGGACUAACUGGCAGCAAAAUGAGCUCUUCAGAAGAGGAGUCCAAGAUUGAUCUCCUUGAUCGAAAGGAGGAUGUGAAGAAAAAAUUGAAGAAGGCCUUCUGUGAGCCAGGAAAUGUGGAGAACAAUGGAGUUCUGUCCUUCAUCAAGCAUGUCCUCUUUCCCCUCAAGUCUGAGUUCGUGAUCCUUCGAGAUGAGAAAUGGGGUGGAAACAAAACCUACACAGCUUACUUGGACCUGGAAAAGGACUUUGCUGAUGAGGUUGUACACCCUGGAGACCUAAAGAAUUCUGUUGAAGUUUCCCUGAACAAGUUGCUGGAUCCCAUCCGGGAAAAGUUUAAUACCCCUGCACUGAAGAAACUGACCAGUGCUGCUUAUCCAGAUCCCUCAAAGCAGAAGCCAAUUGCCAAAGGUAUCAAGAAUUCAGAACCAGAGAUCAUCCCAUCCCGGCUGGAUAUCCGUGUGGGGAAAAUUAUCAGUGUGGAGAAGCAUCCAGAUGCAGACAGUCUGUAUGUGGAGAAGAUUGACGUGGGGGAAGCUGAACCACGGACUGUGGUGAGCGGCCUGGUGCAGUUUGUGCCCAGGCAGGAACUGCAGGACAGGCUGGUGGUGGUGCUGUGCAAUAUGAAACCCCAGAAGAUGCGAGGAGUCGAGUCCCAAGGCAUGCUUCUGUGUGCUUCUAUAGAAGGGGUAAGCCGCCAGGUUGAACCUCUGGACCCUCCUGCAGGCUCUGCUCCUGGUGAGCGAGUAUUUGUGAAGGGCUAUGAGAAAGGCCAACCAGAUGAGGAGCUCAGGCCCAAGAAGAAAGUCUUUGAGAAGUUGCAGGCUGACUUUAAAAUUUCUGAGGAGUGCAUCGCACAAUGGAAGCAAACCAACUUCAUGACCAAGCUGGGGCAUGUUUCCUGUAAAUCGCUGAAAGGGGGGAACAUUAGCUAGCCAGCCCAACACCUUCCUCCCUUCUCCCACCAUCCUGGGUCAUCUGCUGUCUCAAUUUGCUCCACCCAUCACCUAUUUACCCAUCUCUCAGGACACUGAAGCAGCAGGUUUGGGACUGUCUGUCAGGUACAGAACUUGUUAAGGGGCAGCUCGCCCUCCCCAGAAUCCGGUAUCAUCCUAUCUGGCUGUGGUGAGAGCCUAACCCCCUCCCCCGGUACUGAGGGCUGAGCAGAGCAGGGAGUCCAGCUCUGCUUUCUUCCCUUGGCAGCUGACUUGAGAAAUCUGGUUUCAAUAUAACUCAUAGGAAAGGUUUAUGCCACAAUCCUUGUAAUUGGAAAAAUAGUGGUUCCCAGGUUCUCUUGGAGUUACCCAACAGCUGUGACUGUAGCUGGGAUCUAGUGCCUGGAUUGGGCUAAUUAAAGCUUCUCCCCAACAGGAAAUUGUGGGAUUUGAAAAGGAAGGAGAAAGGAAAACAGAAAACCUAGUGUUCUACCAAGCAGUUGGCAGCUUUCCCGAAGUCUGCCUACCCUGAGCCUUGGCGUGGGGGGUGGAGGCACAGGGCCUACCCCAGGGAUCCUGGAAUUUCUCUUGAUCCAGCUAGGUUGGGACACUCCCUAAACCAGCUGUAUGUUGUUAGCAUCAGGAGUGGAAUGGAUGGCACAGUGUUCUUUCUUCAGAGAGGGUGGUGUACUUCUCCAUAAGGCAUCUCAAUCAAAUCACUAACCAUCACUGUCAUAAAUUCAAAUAAAAUGUCUGAACGAGGG